AUGAACACCCUCUCUUCCUCGGCACCCUCACAACCUCAUCUUCUCAAGCGACUGCAACAUUUAUCCUUGAGUUCUCCUACUUCGACCUCUCUGUUCUACUCGAGGCUAUGGUAUGCCCUUCUCCCUCCCACAGAAAGCGAUCAUGAUUCUUUGCAUACUCUGGCACUAUGUUUCCUUCAAUCCGAUGAACCGUAUUCAGCCUUGCAUCUGGUAAGAGAUUCAGCCGGCGUAGAUCAUCCCGACGAAUCCCCUAUACCGACUUUCGACCCGUCGAAGAGGAAGCAGAUACCAUGUUAUGCCUGUGCGACGAUAGUCGCGAAAUGCUGCCAAAAUUUGGGAAGGUAUAGUGAAGGUCAAGCUGUCUUGAAUAGAGCUUUGAAGAGAUGUAUCCCAACAAAUAUACCGACGCCUUCUCCAGCAUCGACAUCGGCUUCUGCCCAUCUGUUACUCGCUUCAUUAUCGCAUAAAGGCAAAGCUCCAGAAAUAGCUAUAGAGAAUUAUCAGAAAGCUUUACAGGAAGAUCCAUGGUUAUGGGAAGCUUUCACAGGUUUAUGUGAUAUUGGUUCACCACCACCUAUAGAAGCUAUUUUCCCGGAUCCUCCUGCUCCCUCGAGAGCGUCAUCAACCCGAACCUCUCGUCCGCCAACUAUGUCGCCCAAUCCAAUGCCCAGAAGCUCAGCUUCCGAGAUGCCUGGGUUCCUACCUGCCCGCAAAGCCACGAUACCCGCCAAUGGUGGUGUUGGGAGUGGUGGAUUCUUCACGCCUGAUGUCGGUAAUGGUGCGGGUGGUUCAAGGUUGGGAAUGAUGGGCAAUCCGUCUAAUUGGGACACACCAUCGGUAAUGGGAGAUACGACCUUUCAGCUUCCAGAUCAACCUUCUCAUCCAGCUGCGCCCAAAAGACCUCUUCCGAAUUUGCUUUCCAAUUUCAUACCGUCCACUUCUAACUUAUUACCAGCCUCUUUACGUUCGAACUCAGCCACUCCUACCAAUCAAGCUGAACCGUCCAAACCUCCCGCGAUGAAACGCGCAAGAGGUAAAGAUGCCGCGAAAAGAACCCCUGAACCUUCAGGCUGUCUGAACGGGAUGAAUCUGCCUUUAGCAAGGGAGCUGAGACCAAAUGGAAAUUUGAAAUCGGUCGAAUUAAAUGGGAAUGGUAUACUAGAUAAUGAUGGACCAGUGAGAAGAAGCUCAAGAUUGAAAAGUACCGGUAACUCCAAUGGGACUGGUUCCAAACCACCUCCAACGUCAAAGGUGACUACUAGAUCUCGAACAACGAGAUCAAGAUCGAUUACAUCGACUACAUCAAGUCAAACCAACGAUAUUUCCUCUCCACCAAAUUCUUCAUCUCUCGAUAUUCAGCUUCAAUUAACGGCAGACGAAUUCUUGCGAGAUAUCAUAAGGAAAUGUGCUAAAGCCUAUAGAUACUUGAGCUUGUAUCAGUGUCAGGAAGCUAUAGUUGAGCUGGACGGAUUACCUGAUAAUAUCAAAAGUAGCCCGUGGAGCUUGGAUAUAGUUGCGAGAUGCUUCUAUGAGAUGGCCGAUUAUGUUCAGGCACGUCGAGUCUUUGCCAAAUUGCUUGAACAUGAACCAUAUCGUAUACAAUCGAUGGAUCAUUAUUCCACCUUGCUUUGGCACAUAUCAGAUCCACCUUCCCUAUCUCAUCUAUCUCAGAGGUUAAUAUCGAUAAAUAAAGAAUCACCUCAAUCUUGGAUAUCGACUGGAAAUUGUUUUUCCCUACAGAAAGAUCACGAAGAAUCUAUGAAAUGCUUCAGACGCGCGACUCAAGUGGACCCUUCCAACUCUUACGCCUGGACACUGUGUGGGUAUGAGGCGAUUGAGAUGGAAGAGUACGAUCGAGCUCUAGGGUAUUUUAGGAAUGCUAUUCGAAGCGAGGGCAGGUUUUAUAAUGCUUGGUACGGUAUGGGUCUUGUAUACAUGAAAACGGGGAAAAUCAAAUAUGCGGAACAUCACUUCAGGCGAGCUGUCGAUAUCAAUCCUACAAACGCCGUAUUAUUAUGUUGUGUCGGCAUGGUUCUUGAACAAUCCGAUGAUGUUGUCCAAGCUAUCCACUUCUACGAGAGAGCUGUACAUUACGCACCUACCAGUCCGAUGGUUCAGUUUAAGAGGAUCAGAGCUUUGGUGGCCUUGCAGCGAUUCGAUGAAGCGAUAACCCUUCUCGAACCAUUGUCCAAUCACGCACCGGACGAAGCCAACAUCUUCUUCUUACUCGGUAAAUGUUACUUGCGCAAGGACAGAAGAUCAGAAGCUACCAUUGCAUUUACAACCGCAAGGGAAUUACAGCCUAAACUUGAAAAUGCCAUUAAAGCCACGUUGGAAGCUAACGGCGAAGAAGAGGAGGAUGAGGAUGAUUAA